CUCUAAUAAAGGCUGGAAAACUGACCCCACUUUAACCUCAAAAUCCGUAUCUUGAAACUCACUCAGCACAAAAAUCCGACGGUUCCUAAGGCCACCCCAAAAAGCAAGCCAACACCAUAAAAGAACGAGCAAAGCCAGAAAAGACGAACUCACUCUUUUAUUAGGUUCAAAAUAAAAGGUGGGAUUAGGGUUGUUUUGAGUCAUUUUCAGUUGAAGCAAACAGUUGAGUGAGAGGGAGAGAAGUGAAAAAUGGUGAACCCAAGAUGUUAUUUGGAUAUAAGCAUAGCAGGAGAACUAGAAGGAAGGAUAGUGGUGGAGUUGUACAAGGAUAUUGUGCCUAAAACUGCUGAGAAUUUCAGGGCUUUGUGUACUGGUGAGAAAGGCAUUGGACCUAACACUGCUGCCUCCCUGCAUUACAAGGGUGUGCGCUUUCAUCGCAUUAUCCGAGGUUUUAUGAUACAAGGUGGGGAUAUUUCAGCUGGUGACGGAACAGGGGGAGAAUCCAUUUAUGGCUUGAAAUUUGAAGAUGAAAACUUUGAGUUAAAACAUGAAAGAAAAGGAAUGUUAUCCAUGGCUAAUAUGGGGCCUAACACCAAUGGGUCUCAAUUCUUCAUUACAACUACUCGAACAUCUCAUCUCGAUGGGAAACAUGUGGUUUUUGGGAAGGUUUUAAAAGGAAUGGGUGUUGUUCGAUCUAUCGAGCAUGUUACUACUGAGGAUGGUGAUUACCCCACUCAAGAUGUUAUAAUUGAAGAUUGUGGAGAAAUUCCUGAGGGGGCAGAUGAUGGGGUAUCUAAUUUUUUUAAGGAUGGUGAUAUUUAUCCCGACUGGCCAGCUGACCUUGACAAAAAAACAAAUGACAUUACUUGGUGGAUGAUGGCAGUUGACUCUAUCAAAGCUUUUGGAAAUGAGCAAUACAUGAAACAAGACUAUAAGAUUGCUCUUAGGAAAUAUUUGAAGGCUUUGCUCUAUUUGGAUGUCUGCUGGGACCUGGAGGCCAUUGAUCAAGAGAAGAGCUCAUCUUUGCGGAAGACCAAGUCUCAGAUAUUUACAAAUAGUUCUGCCUGCAAGUUGAAACUGGGUGAUCUAAAAGGAGCAUUGUUGGAUGCUGACUUUGCAAUUCGUGAUGGAGAAGAUAAUGUGAAAGCUUUCUUUCGCCAAGGCCAGGCACACAUGGCACUAAAUGACAUUGAUGCUGCUGUCCAGAGCUUUAAAAAGGCAUUGGAAUUAGAGCCUAAUGACGGUGGAAUAAAGAAAGAGCUUGCAGCUGCAAGGAAGAAGGUUGCCGAUAGACGAGACCAGGAGAAAAGGGCAUACUCUAGAAUGUUUCAGUAGAUCGUUAGCCAACUUUAUGGCUUGCAGGCCGCCUUUUGUCUUGAAGGAUCCAUUUUGGGUUUUUAUUUUUGCAUACAUUGUCAUGUACCCAGUAGUGGGAGAUCUUUAUAGUCCGGCUUGCAUUAUGAAAAAUAAGGAUUUAUCGAACAGUAAAAGACCUACCUGAUCUCUCAUCAGGAAAUACUCAAACUCGGUGAAUUUUAAAUCAGAAUCAUCUUUAUUCCUUCGAUAUUACA